AAAAAAAAUCAUGGGCAACAAAGGCAAGUCCACCAGCGACCGCAUCAAGCGAGCGAGACAGCACGCCGCGGACGCCACGGGACUCGCGGAAAAGAAGCAGCAGGAGAUCGACCAACUACGGCGCCAGCUCGCCGCCUUUACCUCCAAGGCGUCGCAAACCUCGGCUACUCCCCCUCAACGUGGCACACCCGCGAGGCGGACCCCGGCUCCCCGUCCAGGUCGGGAACAACAGCCCGACCAGGAGGAAAAAGGGGACACGCCUGACGGGAGCAACGAGAACAGCGACGGUCAUGUUACUAAACGAAUUACGAGUUUUCCUUGUUGA